AUGAACGCCAAGCCGCCCCAGGGCUACUCCUUGCUUACGCUCGGCUUCCUCUCCGCCACCAUCUUCACUUUUGUCUGGUUCCAAUACAAUGCGUCGAUCCCAACGGAAUGGUUCUUCAGCUAUGGUAGCUUGGCCGAGCAUGACAACGCCAUGACACACGGUAAUAGCAGCGGCGAGCCCGCCCUAGAACCAAUCGAAUUGUUCAGACAGUAUAAGGUGCUACCUCCCAUGGCCAGUCUGCGAAACAGCAGCGGACAGUUUGAUUUCAUCCAACGUAAGGAAGCCUUUGGGCUGUACUAUGUUGGACACGCCUUUCCCGGACUGCUGUGGUGCAUCUUAAUGGCAGUGCAGAACACCAACAAAGUUCGCGAGGCGUAUCCUUGUACCCACCGUGUCCUUGGACGGAUCACCCUUGCCAUCUCGACGCUCCUGAGUCUCUCUGGCUGGUCACUCCUUCGCAGGAAGGGGCUUUCCUUCCGCCACGAAGACUGGUGUCAUCUCCACAAAGUGCGCUUCGAUGGCAGGACCGUGUUUCUGUGGCCAAGCUUUGCUAGCAUGACCGAUAUGAUCGGACUCCUUGUCUUAUUCACGGGCUACAAGACCAUCGCUCACGCACGUCGGGGUAACUAUGCUGCGCAUCGGACAUGGGCACGCUUCCACACCUAUACCGGGUUCGCCAUCCCAGUGCAGAGAGCUUGUCAAGGCUUCCUCUUCGUCGUUGCCAUGCUCGUUCCUCUCUUACCCAAGUCUAUUCUUCAACGUUUCAACUAUCCCUCGAGCGACGAAUCUACCUACGAGGCGGAGCUCGCCUGCAUGGGCCUAGCAGUGUUCUUGGCUGCCAUCACCUCGGCAUUCAUUGUCUACCGCGACGUUUCCCGGCGACCUUCAAGACGCAAACACGCAAAUGCCAAGGUCAACUGA